GCUUUACACAUUCCUCCGCGCCGGAAGAGCACGGUCUGUCUCCUUCCGAGGGCUUCUUCUCAUAGGCGAGAUCGCGGGACCUUCAAGGUGUGCCUCUAGAAGUCGUCGGGAGCGCGGAACUUUCACGGACAAGGAGACAGGGAACAAGGAACCCGGCUGGGUUGCCGGGAAAGGGAGAAAGAAGAAAGGUGGUUCGACGAGGCGUCGCGUUGUUGCGGAGGGAUUCUGUUUCUUGGGGUGGCGGAGGGAUUUUACAGUACGUUAACUUCCGGAAAGUCCUGGCCCCGUGAGGAAAAGCCCCGAAGGAAACAAUAACAAACGAGGGGAGGAAGCGUUUCUGGUAUUCCUGUGUUGAGCAGUUCUUGUCCGAGAAGAUGAGCUUCGGUCCCUGUCAGGGGACGUGAAAGGGUUUGGUGGGCUUCAGCCACCCUUUCUCCGCUUGUUUCCCUCACGGGGGCCCCCUGGGUAUUGCCAUGGCGGGCGUGGGGACUGGGGGCUACGCGGCGGAGUUCGUGCCACCACCGGAGUGCCCAGUCUUUGAGCCUAGCUGGGAAGAGUUCACCGACCCGCUCAGCUUUAUCGGCCGCAUCCGGCCUUUGGCGGAGAAAACCGGCAUCUGCAAAAUCCGACCGCCCAAGGAUUGGCAACCUCCAUUUGCAUGUGAAGUAAAAAGCUUUCGUUUUACUCCAAGAGUCCAGCGCCUGAAUGAACUUGAGGCAAUGACCAGAGUGAGACUGGACUUCUUAGAUCAACUAGCAAAAUUUUGGGAGCUUCAAGGAUCUACUUUGAAGAUCCCUGUGGUGGAGAGAAAAAUCCUGGAUCUGUAUGCUUUGAGCAAGAUUGUUGCCAGCAAAGGAGGUUUUGAAAUGGUCACCAAAGAGAAGAAGUGGUCUAAAGUGGGUAGCCGCUUGGGAUAUCUGCCAGGAAAAGGAACUGGGUCUCUUCUGAAGUCACACUAUGAAAGAAUUCUCUACCCAUAUGAGCUUUUCCAAUCUGGUGUCAGCCUUAUGGGUGUACAAAUGCCUAAUUUAGAUCUUAAGGAAAAAGUGGAGCCUGAGGUUCUUGGCACUGAUGUGCAAACUUCCCCAGAGCCCGGCACAAGAAUGAACAUUCUGCCGAAGAGAACAAGACGUGUCAAGUCUCAGUCAGAAUCUGGAGAAGUAAAUAGAAACACAGAACUGAAGAAACUUCGUAUUUUUGGGGCUGGGCCUAAGGUCGUGGGCCUGGCAAUGGGAACAAAAGAUAAAGAAGAUGAGGUCUCCCGAAGACGAAAAGUUACCAACAGGUCAGACGCAUUUAACAUGCAAAUGAGACAACGGAAAGGAACUCUCUCUGUUAACUUUGUUGAUCUCUAUGUUUGUAUGUUCUGUGGUCGGGGAAAUAAUGAAGAUAAAUUGCUUUUGUGUGAUGGAUGUGAUGACAGCUAUCAUACAUUUUGUUUAAUUCCUCCACUACCUGAUGUGCCCAAAGGAGAUUGGAGGUGUCCUAAGUGUGUUGCUGAGGAAUGUAAUAAACCUCGAGAAGCCUUUGGAUUUGAACAAGCUGUACGAGAAUAUACACUUCAGAGUUUUGGAGAGAUGGCAGAUAAUUUUAAGUCUGAUUAUUUCAAUAUGCCUGUCCAUAUGGUCCCCACAGAACUAGUAGAGAAGGAAUUCUGGCGGCUUGUGAGCAGCAUUGAAGAAGAUGUUAUUGUAGAGUAUGGAGCUGAUAUCUCUUCAAAAGACUUUGGAAGUGGAUUUCCUGUAAAGGAUGGUCGGAGAAAGAUGCUUCCAGAAGAAGAGGAAUAUGCGCUUUCUGGUUGGAACUUGAAUAACAUGCCUGUCCUAGAGCAGUCUGUUCUUGCACAUAUCAAUGUAGACAUCUCUGGUAUGAAAGUGCCAUGGCUCUAUGUGGGAAUGUGUUUCUCUUCAUUUUGCUGGCACAUUGAAGAUCAUUGGAGUUAUUCCAUCAAUUACUUGCACUGGGGAGAGCCAAAGACAUGGUAUGGUGUGCCAUCUCAUGCUGCAGAGCAACUGGAGGAGGUGAUGAGGGAGCUGGCCCCUGAGUUAUUUGAAUCCCAGCCGGAUCUUCUACACCAAUUAGUUACCAUCAUGAACCCCAACGUGCUAAUGGACCAUGGUGUGCCUGUGUACAGGACCAAUCAGUGUGCUGGCGAGUUUGUUGUGACGUUUCCUCGUGCCUAUCAUUCUGGAUUUAAUCAGGGCUACAAUUUCGCUGAAGCUGUGAACUUCUGUACUGCUGACUGGUUGCCCAUUGGACGUCAGUGUGUCAAUCAUUACCGACGGCUAAGGCGCCAUUGUGUCUUUUCACACGAGGAACUCAUUUUCAAAAUGGCGGCAGAUCCAGAAUGCUUAGAUGUGGGGCUGGCUGCCAUGGUGUGCAAAGAAUUGACUCUCAUGACUGAAGAAGAGACACGAUUAAGGGAGUCUGUUGUACAAAUGGGUGUCCUGAUGUCAGAAGAGGAAGUGUUUGAACUCGUCCCUGAUGAUGAGCGGCAGUGCUCAGCAUGCAGAACCACAUGCUUUCUCUCUGCUCUCACAUGCUCCUGUAACCCUGAGCGUCUUGUGUGUCUCUACCAUCCGGCGGAUCUGUGCCCCUGCCCCAUGCAGAAGAAAUGUCUUAGAUAUCGCUACCCAUUAGAAGACCUCCCUUCUCUGCUAUAUGGUGUGAAAGUCAGGGCACAGUCCUAUGACACUUGGGUCAGUCGUGUGACAGAAGCAUUAUCUGCCAACUUCAACCACAAGAAAGAUUUGAUUGAAUUACGGGUGAUGCUGGAAGAUGCUGAGGAUAGGAAAUACCCGGAGAAUGAUCUCUUUAGAAAACUCAGGGAUGCUGUAAAAGAAGCUGAGACCUGUGCUUCUGUGGCUCAACUGCUUCUGAGCAAAAAGCAGAAACAUAGGCAGAGCCCUGAUAGUGGAAGGACUCGGACCAAACUGACAGUGGAAGAAUUGAAGGCCUUUGUCCAACAACUUUUUAGUCUUCCAUGUGUCAUCAGCCAAGCUCGACAAGUAAAGAAUCUGCUUGAUGAUGUGGAAGAGUUUCACGAACGUGCACAAGAUGCCAUGAUGGAUGAAACCCCAGAUUCUUCCAAACUCCAGCUGUUGAUAGAUAUGGGCUCUAGUCUCUAUGUGGAGUUACCUGAAUUAGCCCGACUAAAGCAAGAGCUACAACAGGCUCGAUGGUUGGAUGAAGUAAGACUGACUCUGUCAGAUCCACAGCAAGUCACUUUGGAUGUCAUGAAGAAAUUGAUAGACUCUGGUGUGGGGUUGGCACCCCACCAUGCUGUGGAGAAGGCCAUGGCUGAACUGCAGGAGCUCCUUACAGUCUCGGAGCGAUGGGAGGAAAAGGCGAAGGUCUGCCUCCAGGCAAGACCACGGCACAGCGUGGCUAGUUUAGAAAGCAUCGUGAACGAAGCUAAGAACAUUCCAGCUUUUCUACCCAAUGUGCUGUCCCUGAAAGAAGCCUUACAAAAGGCUCGAGAAUGGACAGCUAAAGUGGAAGCUAUUCAGAGUGGCAGCAAUUAUGCUUACUUGGAGCAACUGGAGAGCUUAUCUGCCAAAGGGCGCCCUAUCCCUGUGCGUCUUGAUGCAUUGCCCCAAGUAGAAUCCCAGGUAGCAGCGGCUCGGGCCUGGAGAGAACGGACUGGGCGGACGUUUCUUAAGAAGAAUUCUAGCCAUACAUUGUUACAGGUGCUAAGUCCCCGGACUGACAUUGGUAUAUAUGGAAGUGGUAAAAACAGAAGGAAAAAAGUAAAAGAACUAAUAGAAAAAGAAAAAGAAAAGGAUCUGGACCUGGAGCCUCUGAGUGACCUAGAGGAGGGAUUGGAGGAAACCAGAGAUACAGCCAUGGUGGUGGCAGUUUUCAAAGAACGGGAGCAAAAGGAGAUUGAAGCCAUGCAUUCCCUCAGAGCAGCCAAUCUAGCCAAGAUGACAAUGGUGGACCGCAUAGAAGAAGUCAAAUUUUGCGUUUGCCGCAAGACAGCCAGUGGGUUUAUGCUACAGUGUGAGCUCUGCAAAGACUGGUUCCAUAACAGCUGUGUUCCCCUGCCUAAAUCAAAUUCCCAGAAGAAAGGGUCUAGCUGGCAGGCUAAAGAAGUAAAAUUCCUUUGCCCUCUUUGUAUGCGGUCUCGAAGGCCAAGGCUGGAGACUAUUCUGUCACUCCUGGUAUCUCUUCAGAAGCUGCCUGUACGGUUGCCUGAAGGAGAGGCCCUGCAGUGCUUAACAGAACGUGCUAUGAGUUGGCAAGAUAGAGCACGGCAGGCCCUUGCCACAGAUGAACUGUCCUCUGCCCUGGCCAAGCUGUCUGUGUUGAGCCAGCGUAUGGUGGAGCAGGCAGCUCGAGAAAAAACUGAAAAGAUCAUCAGUGCAGAACUCCAAAAAGCAGCUGCCAAUCCAGACUUACAGGGACAUUUACCUAGUUUCCAGCAGUCUGCUUUUACCCGGGUGGUGAGCAGUGUAUCUUCUUCCCCUCGACAAACAAUGGAUUAUGAUGAUGAAGAAACAGAUUCUGAUGAAGACAUUCGGGAGACAUAUGGCUACGACAUGAAGGACACAGCUAGUGUGAAGUCCUCCAGUAGUUUGGAACCCAACCUUUUUUGUGAUGAAGAGAUUCCCAUUAAGUCUGAGGAGGUGGUCACUCACAUGUGGACAGCGCCUUCAUUCUGUGCAGAACAUGCUUAUUCUUCUGCUUCUAAGACUUGUUCUCAAGGUUCUUGUCAGAGUUUCCAGUCUCAAACCUGUGGAAAAAUGAAUUCUCAGGUGUUAUUUCCUAAGAAUUUAUCAUGCUUAGAUUUUUCGGAUGACAGCAUGGAAGAGAAACCAUUAAAAAUAAAAGGAAAGGACUCUUCAGAGAAAAAACGGAAACGGAAGCUAGAAAAAGUAGAACAGCUUUUUGGAGAAGGAAAACAGAAGUCCAAGGAGUUAAAGAAAAUGGAUAAACCUAAAAAGAAGAAAUUAAAAUUAAGUGCAGAAAAAUCAAAGGAGCUGAACAAACUGGCCAAGAAAUUAGCAAAAGAAGAAGAGAGAAAGAAAAAGAAGGAGAAGGCUGCUGCAGCCAAAGUUGAACUUGUCAAAGAGAAUACUGAAAAGAAGAGAGAGAAAAAAGUGCUGGACAUCCCCUCAAAGUAUGACUGGUCAGGAGCAGAGGAAUCUGAUGAUGAGAAUGCUGUGUGUGCAGCACAGAACUGCCAAAGGCCCUGCAAAGACAAGGUAGACUGGGUACAAUGUGAUGGUGGCUGUGAUGAGUGGUUUCAUCAAGUUUGUGUGGGUGUAUCUCCAGAAAUGGCUGAAAAUGAAGAUUACAUCUGUAUAAACUGUGCGAAGAAGCAGGGGCCUGAUAGCCCAGGUCAAGCACCAGCUCCCUCCUUCAUAAUGAGCUACAAACUACCAAUGGAGGACCUUAAGGAGACCAGUUAGCAGAUGCUGGGUUAGUUUGGGACAUGGGGAAAAUGGACCACAUUGAGACCUUAGGCAUCAAGCCAGGUGGUUUAGAUCCACUUGCAGUGUUGCUUCCAAAGAUGAAUGACCUUCAGAGAAAGUCCUCUUAGCUGACUUCCUCUUUGCAUGGACUGUGUGCUCUACGUUCUGUAUCAGCACAUCCAUGCAGAGGGUGUCUUUGGUAUAGCAGCCAGUAUUUCAGUUCGUGUCUCCUCUGAGUAUGGUUUGUUAAAUUAAGGCCAGACAUUGGAUUGAGCUCCAGGGCGGCCGGCUGGCAUUAAUACAUUGGUGUGGCACAGGGCAUGUAGGUGUGGCAUAGGGCCAGUUGAUAGUGGUUAGAGGUUUACAGCCUGGGGCAGCACCAUCUGGUGGGGCUGGUUAUUGUAGUUCUUUAGUUAGGAUAGUUGCAGAGGAGUCAAGAGUUGUACUGUUUUCCCCACUCUUACCUGGCAUUUAAUGCCCUGCAGAUACAGCUAGGAGAGGAACAGGGCCGAAGUUAUCUCCUGUUAGACGUCAUGGGAUUGUAGCACAGUCCGUACAUCUCAGCCACUUGUGCUUGUUUCUACCAAGAAGAAAACCCCAAAGGAGAGGCAGGUCACCAUAUCUUCCUAAGGAGGAGGGUGUCAUCUAGUUCAGAAAUCUGACUAGAUUGGAUUCUAGGAAGAAGAGCUUGUCUUAUUUCAAGGCAAGGAGCCUUUUUUGGCUUAGUUGUCUUGGGUCUACAUUUUAGAGAAGAGCAGGUACAUGGAUCCAGGCUUCUGCAAAAGAAAAGAAGAUAAGUCAACGUUUUACUGAGCCACAGUGAUGCAUGCUUUAUGGGGAAACCGUUAUUCCCCAGUACCAGAUACCACCAGGCUUCAGGCAUGGCCGUGAGCAAAACCAGCACAUGACAGCUUUUGCCUUGCAGCCCUGACACCAUGUCUGCUGUUCUCAAUACUGGCGAUUUCUGAUUGUGGCCCACAGCAGAUGCUGCUGAAUAACACCUGGCUUCUUCAGAGGAUGUCGGGCUGUAGGACCUUUAAGUGAUGAAGUUGUUUUAGUAAAUCCAUUUUUAAAAAAAAAACAAAAGGACUUGUUUUUACUUUUUUCUAAAUGUCUCUGACUACUGACUAUUCUAUAAAUAGAUUAUUUUUCCUUUUUUAAUAUACAUAUAUCAAUAUAUAAAUAUAUAUAUUUACUGUUACCAGCAGCAUAUGACAGUUUCAGCAUCAAAAAUCCAUUUGGGGGCUUGCUUACUCUUUUUUUGCUUUUUAAUAAAGAAAUCCCAUUCCUUCCUUGUAGUACAAGGAGUUAGCACUUCCUUCUCUUUCCUAGCCUGACCAGAUCUUCCAUAUUGUUUUUGUUCAAAUAAAUAUAUUUCCUUGUGUGUUGGGACUUGUCCCCGUCUCUUGGGAAACUUGGUCUUACUCUACCUGUGACCGCUGUUUUGUUCUGUGUUUGUAUGUGAAUGUUUGGAAUUACGGUGCUGUGUCUGCCUCCCUCUUGUUGUGUUCUCUGUUCUUGCUAAGGUGUUAGGUAACCUGUAUGGAAACUCUUAAUAGAAGGGGCCAACUUUUUGUUUUUUUAAGGAAAAAAAAACCAAACAAGCUAAAAAUAGUGUUUUGUCUUCACUAUCCUGUGUCCCUUUAAUUUGGUUUAAAAAUCUGUGAUUUGACUUAAGUUCAUCAAUUUUACUUUUAAAAGGGGUGGGAGGGGAGCAGGGUGGGCCUAAAGAAUAGCUUAUAGUUUCCUCUUCCCAUUUUGCCCCAAUUUGUUUGAAAGAAAUGUCUUCUAGUAACUAGAAGUGAAAUGUACUGUCCAGUACAGUUUGAGUGGGUAUGAGAUUUACCUCAAAAGGCAUCUUACUAAAAAAAAAAAAAAAA